AAAAAAAACAGAGUAAAGCUUUUGAAAAGCAGAGCUCAAAGAGCGCCUUCUCUUGUCCGCUAAGUUCAAACGCAGAGACGAACGAUCAUAGAGAUGGGAGAGGUGAUAAUAUUCAUCGAAGAUAAAUAUAUGAAUUCGAGUUACUCACGCUGCAGAAUUUGUCACGAAGAAGAAGCAGAGAGAUACUUUGAAGCUCCUUGUUCUUGCUCCGGCACCGUCAAGUUCGCUCAUAGAGAUUGCAUACAACGAUGGUGCGAUGAGAAAGGAAACACGAUUUGUGAAAUAUGUCUCCAGGAUUAUAAACCUGGAUACACCACGACUUCAAAACCAUCUCGUUUAGUUGAACCAGCAGUCGCAGCCAGGACGAGGAGACAAUAUGGAGGGAGAAGAAAUAGAAGAUUAGUGGACAGAACUGAAUCACAAUUUCCUGAAUGCAACUCUGAAGCUGACAGAUGCGCUUCUUGUUGUAGAUACUUGGCUCUCCUUCUAUCGGUGAUUUUGUUGAUAAAGCAUGCGUUUGACGUGGUUUAUGGAACCGACGAGUAUCCCUUCACCAUUUUCACGGUAUUAACACUGAAGGCCAUUGGUAUACUAUUGCCAAUGCUCGUAAUCAUUCGGACUAUCGCAGCUGUUCAGAGCAGUCUCCGACGUCAGUUUAUCGAAUCUGAAGAAGAUACGUUAAGCUCUGAAGAUGAUGAUGGCUUGGAGGAGGAAGAGCAACAGCAACAUUUGGCUUGAUCUUUUUUGUUCUCGUCAUCAUCAUAUGGGGAAGAUAAGACAACGCUAAAGCCGAUGUCGUCUGAGUCAGUGGUGUUGAUUGGAGAAGGUGGUCACGAGCAGAGAGAAAGACAGGUGAAAAUAACUGAUUGUGAAUGUUAAUGCAUUGACAACUCAUACAAGAAAGAAAGGUCACAAGAACAUCUGCACCCGUAUGGCUAAACCUAAUUAAAACACCUUAAACCCUAAUUAAAUUUGAGAAAGAUGUCAAUAAAAGAGCAUGUAUAUAAAUAUAUUAUUUAACUUGAGAAGUUAAAGAAGCUUUUCCACAGUUCAAAAAUUAAGGGAUACAAAAGCUCGAAAGCAAGGUUAGAGGAUAUAUAAAGUGAGAGGACUAGUGAGUGUAGAAAUACUUGGUUGGGAGAAAUAGAUACGUG